AUGGGGUGUCUGCCAGCAGAGUGGAGCUCUGCCUGUCAAUUAAAAAUAAUUGCGAGAAACUUCUCCCUGCUCCGUCGAUUCAAUUUUAUUGUCUUCACUCAUUUUGCGCUCUGUGUUCAUAGCACCAAGGACAUCGACGAGUCAUCCGCCGAGAGGCUGUAUGACGCGAUGAGCUACGCCAUGGCCAACAUGAUGCUGAUCCAGGUCCCAGUGCUAGGAACAACAAAGGAAUUCUGGCGAUUAUCUGACAAAGCGACUAGGAUCAGCAGAAAACUUGCAUUGAUACUGAGGAGCCACCACUCAGUUGGCAAGUAUCUCGCUGCUCCUCUGCAGGUGUCCAACAUCUGGAUUGGGAGCAAUGGCAGUGUCAAGCUAAGGGGGGUCAGUUUCACUGGUAAAGGUUUCAGCAUUGAGCGUGUGAGAGAUGACUACAAACGCUUGUCCGGGAUCCUGACAGCGUUGAUUACUAUCUCGGAUGGGGAUAGCACCAAAUUGCCUCCGGACUACGCAGAGUUCCUCCUGCUCUUGGAAUCGGACACCCUCACAAUGAAAGAUGAAUUCUUGAUUGUAAACAAUGCUGCACUGCUGCCCAUAAAAAACCGCACUGAGGUCUUCCUGAUGCUACACGAUAGAAUUGUCGAUUAUCUUGGGUGUACAGACAAAAAGAAGAAGAAGAGAAGGAUACUCUCUAGUCUCCCCUAUAAGGAAGACUGGUUGGAUACUGCCAAGGCAAAUACAAAAAUCAACCAGUGGGUUGUCAAUGUUCAAAACGAGUACAGAAUGACUCCACAUGAUUUACUGCGUCUCAACAGAAAUGUAAGAAGCCACUUGCAUCGGUACAACGACGGCGACGACAUUGAGGAAGUUCUAUAUUGUGAAUGGCCCGAGCUGCUCAUGGUCAUGCAGAAGAUGUUGCAUUUGGAAGGUGAGCUCGAAGGCACUGACAUUCAGAACAAGUUCGGGUAG